AUGUCGAACCCGACUCCACCAGGCCCGCAGGCUCGUCGCAGCACCGUCACGAACCAGGAGCCAAAAAGCUCAAGGAGGCCCAGGAAUCAUAUCCAUGAGUUCCUCUUGAAAACCAUGAAACAGGGACACUCCUGGCAAGGAUCUGCACAGGGGUACGACAUCCGGAACCUGGAAGCUGGGACCGAUGAACGCAGACUAGACUAUGACAACUUGCGGUGUGAUUCGCCUCUGGUCUUUGACAGCUCAAUGCUGCAGCCAUGUAGCAGCUGCGGACGCGCUCCGUCUUCAGCCUUCGCAGGACGAAAGUACGCCGCGACCCAGGCGGUUGGGUACGACAUUGUCAUUGUGUUGAGGGUUGACCAGGUUGUCGGAGCCGGGGGAGCGAGGGAAAUCGACCCGAUCGUCAAGGAAUCAUAUCGUUCUGGCCGCUCUGGCGUACCAAAUAUAGAUGCAGGGAAUCUCGCGACAGAAUCGAUGAUCGGCGUGGAAUUUCGAUCUAUCCAUCAUCAACAACAACACCGAGACCAGUUCGAGGGCGAUCUUCCGUCACCGACACGAGGUGAGUCGCAAAGCUGCGAACCCAAGAUCCGGACGCACCAUGCGCCAUCCCCGUCUGCGCAGACAGCCGGCGGCAGGAAGAAGCACCCGGAUCUCUGA